UUGUCUAAUGAGGGAGCUUUGAGCAUCACCCAUCCUGCUGAGUGGAAAAACACCGGCACGGCCUCUUCUUUGCUGGGGAGGGGGGAGCCUAAAGGAAGGGGUGUGGGGGAGGAGGGGCCAUGCCGCAGACACGGCGGCGGAGCUCGGGCUGGCAGGCGGCCGCGGGGCGGCGGGGAGGGGCGGGCGGGUGCGGGGCAGCGGCUGUAGCCGCCCGGGGCCGGGGCCGGUUCUCCCCCCGCGCCGCCCCGCGUGCUCCCGGCCGCAGCCUCACCCGCUGCCCGAGGGCUCCGCGCGAAGGUUUCGUUUCUCGUCUGUUGCUAUUUUUUCCAUCCCCGCACAAAGAGAGCCCUUCUCUCAGACAAAGCAUCCGGCCGCUUUACCCGGGAGGACGGCGGGCGCUCGGACUCCGCGGUCGGUGUCGCUCCGGGUGGGCUGGGGGGCAUUAUGUGCUCGGGGCGACCCUCUCCUGUUGGGAGAAGCGCGGCCGGCAGGUGCCUGGGGAGCGGCGCGGACCCGACGGCACCGCUCUGUGCCUCCUCCCCGCCCGGCUUCGGCCGCACGACAAAGUGCGGUGGGGCGGCCGCAGGAGAAAGGAGCAGAGCAGCGGUUUGUCCCGCUUUGGCUCUCGUUUCUCCGAAAGCCUGUGGUGCUCUCCUCGUGGAGUCGGACGGGGAUACGGCUCAGAGACGUCUCUCUGCUUUUCUACCCUCACCUCCUGUCGUUCCGUGAAUGAAACGCUCGGCAUCCGCGGGCAUCCCUGUGAGACUCCACGAGGGACUGCAAACCCAGGCAGCCACGGCCGUGCUGGGGAAUGAGGCAGAGCAUUUCCCACCUGCUCAGCUGCAGCGAGGAUGCCUCGAUGCCGACGAGGAAGCGGCAGUCGCAUCAGCAAAACACGAGUAGCGGCUGGAGCCUCAUCUGUGCCACGGCUCCUGCCAGCACAGCUGUACCACUGACAGCAGCGGAACAUUUUGCUCAAGUUCUCUAGAGGAAUCAAAGCCUGUAUUUUCUGUCUCUGGCUCUCCCUUGUUCUGUUGUUCCUCGUUCUUUAGAAAAAAAAAAAUCAGCCACACACAACACGUGGCUGCUCGCUGUGUUUGGGGAAAAAAAAAGGUUGGGGGAAGGAAAAAAAACCAGCCCAGGCUGUUUUGAAAUCAGUAGCGUGUAAACAGUACCUGGAACUGAGGGGAACAAUGAUAUUAAUUAGUCCUUUGGUGUCAUAAAUAUGUGCAUCGCUGCCUGCUGUUUCGUUACGAGACGGCACAACUUCUGCGAUGGAGCCCGGAGAGUGUUUGGGGGAAUGGCACUGCUAAUGCCUCCUCCAGCUCUUAUGUAACAGAGAUCACAAGUCAGAGCCCAAAUUGCAAAGCAUAAGCAUGUGCAUCAUAUUAAGCAUGUAAACAGUGCCUUAAAUUACUGUCCUUUUACUGAUGGUCUGGCUUUAAUCUGUUGCUAUUUUUAGUUCCGCAGUUCCGUUCAUUUCAAUGGUGGUGCCAUGAAUAGCAGAUCCAAGUGUCUCCCCUUCGACAGCACACCAUGAAAACGUUCAUCCAAACUGAAAUAAAUUCGGCCAAAACCGCUUUGGUUACAGGUAAAUAUAGUCCAAAUGACUUGUAUACCAGACCUACAGCAUAUCCAGGAGUAUGAUGCUAUAGAAAGCCAGGAUACAAUGCUCCUGUGCUUUGCACAUCACCCAGCGUGGCUGGGUUUGGCACACCUUUCCAAGGCACAGCUCAGCAGUGGUCUUCCUUUGUGUUCUGUCUCCUUCCUACAGACUAGACUCCCCAUUCGCGUGCAGAUCUCCUGUCUGGAGUUUUAAGGUGUUAGGUGCUGAUAUUGUGAGCACCUCUUGUAUCUGUUUAAUCCAAUAACAGAACUCGUCUUUAAUCUCCACGUCUGGGUCACAGGUUUUAAAAAAGACACUGGGCCAAAUCCCCAGCUUGGCUCUGGUGUGUGGAAAUGUACCGAGACGGCACGGAAGUCGGGAGGGAUUCACUGUGUGUGCACCAUGGGAAGGAGGUCUCAAGGGGCAGUGAUGGGACUGCCUCAUUUCGCAGAUGGAUGCGUAUUAACGCAAGCGUAUGGCAGAGGUAGAUCAUGUUUCUAUCAUGUGAGGGGCAUGGAGGGGGGAUAUCACACCAGGACCUAAGAUACGCUCAUCAGCAAACCUUUAAAAUUAAAGUGGAUUUGCUUUUUAAGGAAAAAAAAAAACCUUGUUUCUUCUCAACCUGUGCCUGCUCAAGGAAACGUAGCUCGGGACCAAGACAAGAACAAGAGACAGGUUUGGCAGGGAUUGGCAAGAUUUUACAUAUAAACAUUAAAAUAAAAAAAGCAAAAUUUAUUCCAGGCAGAACUCUAAGAGCACUCACUAUCUGUAGAGAAGGACAGAGGCAAGAAGGCAAAAAGAUGCUCUGAGUAAGCCCACUGCAUUGCAAGUCUCCAAACACAGAUUUCCUGUAUAAAUACCCCUAUACAAGGGCAGCCUUCAGGGUUCCCCUGCAUGGCAAAGGACCAUGAGCUUGAAAAAAGGGUGGCAGAUUUGGUGGGGGAUUUAAGCAUCAUGCAGUGACUCCGGAUUGCAGAUUUUAAGCCUUACUGAACCCGGGAAUAGAAUUGUUGCUAUUGCUAUUACGUACUGGGAUAUUUCACUAAUCCAUGCAAUCCACUCAGUUGUUGCAGUUUUAGUUUGUAUUUGUUUUAGAUGAAAUUAUGGCCUGGGCAGUUAAUUUUUCUUAGUUCAUCUCUUUAACUCAUACAUACAUAAAAUAUCAAACCAAAGCAAAGCACAACCUGUGAUUUCGGUACACCCCCAUCAUGUGAAUCUGCCAAUGAUGGAACCAACGCACACCAGGAAACUAAAAGCCACAGAAAUUCUUAAAAAGCAGCCUCAAUGGCUUUACAUUGUAUUAAGAAUGUGAUUUAAUACUACUGGUGGCCUAUUUUGCUUAUGUUUGAAACUGCUUGGCCAUUAUGGGAUUGCUUCCGUCGGUCAUUUCCUUACAUUGAGGUAAUUACAUGUUAAUUUGAGGCACUUUGCAAAUCUGGAAGGCUGAAACCUUUCCCAAACCCCAGGCAGGUCUAGAAAUGCCUCCUCCUUUACAGGAGCUGAUCCCUAAAGCGAGGGGCAAACCCAGAGGGACCAAACUGGGCGCCAAUGGUCACACUGUGUCUCAGGUUAACUGACAGCUAUCUGGAAAUAAAAAAGCUCUCCCGUGCCCAUAGGAUUUUCAAGAGCUCCUGAGCAAUUUAAAACCCUUGAGUGGAAUGUGGCAUCGAAUGAAAGCUAUAGGUAUUAUUAAAGAAUGUCUCCAAGCUGAAAGGCAGCCGGCUUCAUAAAAGUGAGCUAAAAGCAAUAACGGGGACUCUGCUCUGCUGGGUGCUGCACGAGCUGUAUGUUUUGCAUUUUGGAAGUCGUGUCCAAAAGAAUGAUCUUUUUUUCUUCACUGUUGCUAUUGGGGAAAGGCAGUAAAAGAGCCGUGCAUAAAAUGAGGUUAAAGUAAUCUGAUUUAGAAAAUAAACAAUGUGUUUUCAUCUUUAAUUCACAGCCGGUCGUUCGGGAUCUAACAUUAAAAAGCAUAUAAAUUCAGCAAA